GCAUUUCUAUGGAUAUCUGUUGUAAUAUUUUUGAUAUCAUGCAUGCACCAUGGUGACUUAAUACACAUACAGUAUUCAAAUUCAUUGAUUGCAGUGCAUUGUCAUCAAAUUGUACAACAUGUUAUAUCUAAUGUUGAAAUCAUUGUAAAACACUUGUGGAAUGAUUUAGUUGAUAUCUUACUUUGCCGUUAAUGUUUAACGUAAGGUUAGAGUCCGCUUGCUGAGCGGUCAUUCGCAUAGUCUGACUUUUUUCUUCUUUUUGCUGAAGAGAAAUACCUUGACUGACACACACACACACACACACACACACACACACACACACACGUGAUGAGAGUGAAGAAUCCUUGGAACUGGAAAUAUAAACAGUUGGGUAGUCAACAAUUGUGGAACAUUUAAUCGACACAAGGACUCUUGACGAGGAGAAUGAAGGCUCGGGCCCCACCCCCACCAGUGGCCCCUCGUCACAUUUUUGCAAACAAUGUAUCUGAUGCGGGCGGGACACUGGGCAUGGAAUCCAAAGAGAACAUCAUGAAGCCCACUGUGGAUUUUGAGUUAACACUACCGCAGGGAUACCAGACAUGUAUAACUGAGGAUGGGAGUAAACCGCUGAUGGACUUGCUGGUUGACCUGUGUAGCCGCUACCAUCUUAAUCCAGCACUGCACACCCUGGAACUAUUGUCGCCCGAGGGCCACUCUUUGGCAUUCAAGCCCAAUCUGCUGCUGGGCUCCCUCAAUGUGGCCGGUGUCCUCAUCAAGGAGAAAGCCUGCGAAGAGAAAGUGGUGCGCAGACCGGCACCGAAAGUCCCCGAGAAAACAGUGCGUUUGAUGGUGAACUAUCAUGGCAGCCAGAAGGCAGUGGUACGCGUCAACCCAUUGGUACCACUCGAGGCCCUGAUACCGGUCAUCUGUGAAAAGUGCGAGUUCGACCCUGCAUGUGUCCAGUUCCUGAAGGACAGCAUCAGUCGCCAAAAGUUACCGCUGGAUCAGUCUUUAACACAGCUGGGAAUUAAGGAGCUCUAUGUUCAUAUUCAGAGUCUAGUUCUGCAGCCUAAAAUGGCUUCUACUCCAUCUUUAAACUCUCCAGAUACCAUCUGCUCUGGCACUAACAGUUUGGACAGAGGGUCUAAGAAAGGCCUUUUGGGUUUUUUCCAGUUUGGAAAGAGGAAAUCCAAGACAGAGUGUACAUCUUUGGGCAUGGAUGACUCUAAUGAUAAAAUAAUCCAAAAUGAAGACCAAAGAUCCCCACUAUCAGCAGUCCAAGCUGUUCCCAACAAAGUGGAUCAACCUCGUACCUUAGACCCGUCACACUCAGUCACGAAUGUUUUCAGGACAUCACCAAAGUGUGACACCAAGAAGAGGAGGGCACCAGCACCCCCUGCAGGGUCCCUGACCUUCUCAAGUAGUUUGGAGAAUUAUCAGAUGGGCUCUGCUUCAGAAUGCCAGCACAGGAAAAGAAAGGCUCCAGCCCCUCCUUUGACCCCGGAUUCACUCACCCCAGAACCUUAUGGUGCACCUACUUCAGCUACUUCCACCCCUGAUAGCCAAACAAGUGAAAACCAUUCUCCAGCCUUUUGCACUAAGAAGCCCCAGUCAACCACAUUCUCUUCUUCUGCUGUAAAAACAACAGUGGAGCCACAAUCCCCUAAGCUCAAGGUUCACCCUCCAUCUGCUUUCACUGUUGCACCCAUCAGUGCCUCCCCAACUCCAAGCAGCAGCAUUGCCGACAGUCAAGUUCUUCAGGACUCAAGCUCUGAACUCAGCCACAGCCCUGACUCCGAUCUUGACACAGAUGACAUUGUUUCCCAUUAUAGUACCCUCACCAGCAGUACCAGUACUGCAAGCGGAUCGGUGCAUAGCAAACUCCUGACAAAAAGUUCCAGUACCAGAAUUAAGGAAUUAGAUAAGGUUAGCAAAAGGAUCUCCAGGGCAGUGAGUGAGUCAGUCCUUAACCUUCAACUGGAUGAAGUUGAAAGCAACGGACACGGUACCAUGGGAACAACUGGUCACCCAGCGCCACCCAAGCCCCGUCGAUCGCCAGCCUGGGAACACCCUACCCUGUCAACCCUUCCUCUGUUCUCACCUUCAGAGACCAGUGCCCCACAGAGCACCGUCGAGGAGGAGGAAGACAUUUCACAGUCUUGGCUCCAUUCCGUAAAGGGCAUGGGAGCCAAUGUCCAGACCCGUGAAACUAAAACACCUGAGGCUGAGACUAUGUCCCUGGGAAACAGCAGCAGUGGCAGCAGUUUGCGAGAUCAAGGUUAUGCUGCUUCUGAGGAAAUCAUUGAUGGUGAGGACUCAGCCCUGGUGAGCUCCCCAUGUGACACCCACCCCACAUCCCCAGACGGGAGUUUGUUUUUGGAUAGAGGUUUUGGAGCCAGAAGAGAGCGACUGACGAGGCCAGCCCAAGACAUUUCCAGUGACAGUGAUGAAGGAUGUGCCACCUGGGGAUCGAAUCACGGUCAAAGCAACCUCCAGGCAAAGUCACGAAACAUAAAGAGCACAUUUGAAGAGAAAUACAAAUGGCUCCAUCAGAUGCACAUGGAAGCAGACGUUUCAGUGAUUCACAGUGUGCCAGUAUCUGCAGUGGACAUGAAUGUCCCUGUCACUGCCAUAGAUGAAAUUCUGAAAGAUUAUAAACCUGUUGUCAAAGACAAAAAGGCAACAAUACUCACUGGAAGGAAGUUAACAUGUCAUCAAGGUUCAGAAAGUGCUGCAGAGUGGCACAACGAAAACAAUAAUGCUUGCACAGCAGCUUCCACUACAAAAAGUUGCAUUGUGAAUGCUAAUCUUGAUCAGUGUAGAAUCACACUGGGAAAUGGGUCAAGUGGGUAUACAAAUGAAGAGAAAAAUGAAGAUGUGAAAGAGGAUACACAAAGACCGUUAUCAGUGAAACCUUGCAGGUCCCAGGAACACAGCAAAAGUGUGCCGCUAAAAACUCUCAGAUCUGAUCCCAUGACGACGAAGAGUAACACUCAUUGUAUACACGAGGACAGUGUCGUCCUGUCCCAAGCCAACCAGAGAUCAUUGUCCACAGAAAAAGUAGACACGACCAGUGUUUACCAAAAUAACUCCAGCCCAAGUAUGUUGCCCAGGAAAGUUACUUGCAAUCCCACCUCUCGAUUUGGAAUGAAAACAUUCACUGUUGUUCCACCCAAGCCUUCUGUCAUGCAAGGUGGUACUCAAAAUGCGUCUGCCACAUUAACUGCUGGUGCUCUUAAAAUUGAUGAGCAAGGAAAUAUCAUGAAAAUGUUUGGUGACCCCAACGGAGUCGGUGAUGCAACACAAUCAGGAAUGACCAGAUCUGAGGAGCGUCCACUUGUCGGAAAAGCCAAAGCCUUUUGGAGCUGUAGUGAAAGACAAGAAUGUGCCCUUCCUUGCAGCACAGGUGUGACAGACAAGGCAAGGAGGAGCUUUGAGAACACUCAAAAUGCUGGCAAUGCUGUGGCGACGUUGUCCACCGAUCGACGGGAACUCCUGAAAACACAACGCGCAAUUAUAAAUACUGCAAUCAGUGCCGCGCCCAAAGAGCCUGGUAGAAAAGUCAAUGACACAGUGAAUAGUGUCAUAAGUCCAAAAGAGCCCCAAGCAGAAAUUAGUAAAGAUAUUUCAGUAGCUGAAAGAAUUAAGCAACCACAACCAACACUCCCUUCAGACCUUCCUGCCUUCCUCAGACCAACCCGACGUACAUCAAGCCAGUAUGUGGCUUCUGCCAUCAAUAAAUACACCCCCAUGACAUCAGCAAAAUCCAAAACGGUGUCUUCGCCAUCCCAGUCCACUCCUUUAACCCAACAUGUUGCCUUCCAUACACUGGGUCACUCCAUACAAGUGAAUCCCCGCCAGUCCUCCAAGAUAUCAUUGACAGAUAACAAAUUUAAUCAAGAGGGUCUUCACCGCCCUGGUCCUGUGAGGUCCAUGAGCCAUCCCGAAUUUGCAUCAGAAAGCCUAAGAGAAGUGGGAGAUGACAGGGAAGGAAAUUGUGGCGAAUCCAUCAACGACAGCUCCUGUUCACUAGGACCAGUGUCGGACAGAAUUAAACACUUUCAGUUGAGUGCUACCACUCAGUUAGCCAUAGUCGAACGGGAUAGUCGCGAUGUCAAAGCUAAUCAGUGCAGAAGCCCCAGCCUUACGCACAGGUCUCAUCAACAAUCAACUGGCAAACCCCUGACAGCCACUCAUCAAACAGCUGCGGCAACGCCAGAACCGUCACGUAGUAUGUCAGACAGUGCUGUCAUUCCUGGACCUCCACCUGUCAACAUAUUUGGACCAGUUAAAAAGUUUAAGCCAGUGGUCUGUCGCACAAUUGAGAAAGAUACCUCUCUGCACAGUCACCUCAUGGAGGCCAUCCAGGCAGGAGGCGUCAAGGACAGGCUCAGGAAGAUAUCCUCAUCUGGUGCCAGAAGCAUGAAGGAAGCUUUUUCUGACGAGAAUGAGAGGUCUGCUCUUCUUGCUGCUAUUAGAGCCCAGAGCAGCACUGCAAGGCUGAGGAAGAUUAAAUCUGGAGCUUCUGAUGAGUUAGAAAUGUUCAGGUCAGCUUCGGGGGAGCACCAAAGACCACUUUCUUCGACUUGCACUUCUCCUGUCUUUACGUCUCCGCCGCCAUCCACGCUCACAACUUCUCCUCCUCCUCCCACCGCCUUGCACCGGUCAAAGCUUACCACUGUGGAUCGUCCGAAUGCCAAUGCCCUCAUGAACCCCGCCUUAGCCAGGGAGGCUAUGAUGGAGGCCAUCCGUUCUGGAUCUGCUGCCGAGAAGCUCAAAAAGGUUGCAGCACCCACAAAGACAGUCCAAGUGAAUGGCAGACUGGGAACAAUGCAGACGACCUCUUCCAAACUUCCUCGGGAAUAAACUUACCAGCACAAGCAUAACAUUUCCAAAAUUCUUUUGUUGGGUGUGUUUUACCACAGAGCUUUGGAAUGGACAUUUAUCUAACUGGUCAUGUUAAGUCAAUGUCAGAGAUCCAAAUGCAUGACAUGAAUAGGGCAGAUAUGCGGGGGGUGAGGGGUGGGUGGGGGGGAUUCCCGUUCCUAAAGUCCUUCUCAUCUCUUGACUUCUGGGUGUGUCACCUCCCAAUUAAAGAAGUGCAAGACUACAACAACAACAAGUCAGGAAACGUAUUUUGAGCGUAGUUUGUGAAUGCCGUCCUACCUAAGGAAUGCACACAUUUGUCUGAUAAAGCUGUCGCAGGUGAAAGGUUUGACACUUUUCAUUCGUAAAACCAGAGUUAUUUGUCAGCUCGGUUAGCGGCAGCCUUCUGGGAAAUGGUGUCCAUCUUGAUAACACAAAAACUUGCUUGCUAUCUUUACUCUGGCUUUUGGGGUUUUAACUGGAGCAUGACGCAAAAAUAAGUGCCAAUGAAAGCAGAAUAGUUCACAUGGUCUGUGCUACUUCCAUAGCCUAUUCUUUUGUUCUGUUUGUUUUAUUUUUAUUUACCGCAGCUGAGACGUGGAUGCCUUCUCGUGUUGUGUUGCUCAGUGUUAUUAUGUACAAAAAUGUUUUCUAUAAGCAUUCCUACUGCGGUGCAAUACGUUAACAUUAGUUUAUCCUUAUUUGAAAUACUAAAUGUUGAAAUACACUGAGGAGUGUAUUUCCUGUCAAUAUGGUAAAGAAUGCCAACUUUUUCAGUCAUGCUGGUGUGGGGACGAAAAAGAUGCCUGAGUGCCUUUUAGCUUAUAAUGCUACUGUUUGGGCUUUGAACUUUUGUGCUGCUGUUUAACACAAAGGGCUUCACGUGCAUAAGUGUUCUCUGGAGGGAUGUUCAAUACAAACAUACUGCAUAUAGUACAAGAGAAGGAGCUUACAGUUGAUGUUUGCAUUCACAAAUAGGAUCUUAAGGUGAAAUUGUUUUUGGUUUUCCUUUAGUUGUUAAAGACGUGCAUGUGCAAAUGUUGCCAGUAGGGAAGGGCAAUUAGUUAUUGAACAAAUAGCAUUUGAUUCAUGCGUACUGGCUUUGCAAUAUUCAUGUCGUGCAACGUAGCAGUUUUAGGGAACCAGUAAAGAAUAGUGCAAUUGUUACCGCAUUUGAUACCUCGAUGAAAAGUUUACGGUUUGGAGGAGCUGUAUUUGAUUUUGGAAGAGUUCAUUGCUGCCAUCAACAUCGAUUUGGAUUUUCUGUGUAUACGUAAUAAGUUUCAGAAUGGCAACCUGACUGACAACACUGAAAGCAUCCAUUUGCAGGUGCUGAAUGAAAUGAGAGAAUAGAUUUGAAUUCCUAAUUUUUUAAAUAUUUUAAUUUAUGCUCCAUGUUUUUCAACCUAAAACAUAUAUUCAUUUGUUUUAUCCAGAGAAUACAACCGAGAUGUUUUUUGUUGUUGUUAAUUAUAUUUUUGUUUUAUGAUUUGAUUGACAUAAUAGACCACAUUUCAAAGUAGCAUUGUAUAUUUUGUAAACAAAUAAUGAUCACUACGGCUUGAGUUUUAUAUUGUUAGAAGCUCUUUCAGCUGAUGGCUAGAGAUUUAUACAAGCCACUAACCCCCCCCCCCCCCCACCCGAAAAAAAAAGGUUUGCACAAUGACUUUGUCUACCUAAUUUUUGAUUGAAUAAAUACUUUUGUAAUUGCACA